UACACACAUAAAAGAGGACUCAAGCACCAAUCAAUCACUUCAACCUACCUCAACCAUUGGCAAUUUUAGGCCAAUCCCUAUCUCUCUAGGGUUCCUUGUGGGCUAAUUUUAAGGUUACCUCUUUUCCAAUUUUAAAAUCCACAUACUCACCACAAAGUACAAGCCCCAUUGCAUAUUAUACAGCUUAUCAAAGAACCACAUUUCUUGAAAAGUUAUAGGGUAAAUUAAUAAAGGUAAUAAAAGUCUAGCUACAAGAUGGUGAGAGGGAAGACACAAAUGAGGAGGAUUGAGAAUGCUACAAGUAGGCAAGUGACCUUCUCCAAAAGGAGGAAUGGGUUGCUAAAAAAGGCUUUUGAACUUUCUGUGCUUUGUGAUGCUGAAGUUGCUUUGGUCAUCUUCUCCCCUAGAGGCAAACUUUAUGAAUUUGCUAGCUCCAGCAUGCAGGAGACAAUUGAACGAUAUAGAGCUCAUGUAAAAGAUGUUCAAACAGAUACUUCAAGUGUAGAAGAUGUUCAGCAUUUGAAGGAUGAAACAGCUAGCAUGGCAAAGAAGGUAGAGCUCCUAGAAGUAGCAAAAAGGAAACUUUUGGGGGAAGGAUUGGGAACAACCAGCAUGGAAGAACUACUGCAGAUUGAACAGCAGCUAGAAAGGAGUGUACGCAUAAUUCGAGCACAAAAGAUGCAAGUGUACAAUGAACAGAUCCAGCAACUACGCUCAAAGGAGAAAAUGCUAGCAGAUGAAAAUGCAAUACUUACGGAGAAGUGUCAAAACCAAAAGGAUCAAGUGAUCAUCACAGAAGAAACGAGAUCAGUAGACUUGCGUGUUUUAGAAAAUGGGGAGAACUCGGAUGUGGAAACCGAAUUAUUCAUUGGACCACCGGAGACGAGAAUCAAGCAAAGGUGGCUCAAGUAACCUCAUCCAUCUAUCUAUCUAUGCAUGGUAGAUAUAUAUACGCACAUAUAUCUUUAAUUAAUUAAUCAUUAAUAUAUAUAUCAAUCAUCAUAUCGAUCAAUAUCACUUUUCAUGUUACCAAUAUGCUAUAUUAUGAUGCAUGUACAUGCUUCAAAAGCAUGCAAUGUUAGUUGUUGUAUUGCAACAAAAAUUUUCAAUUAUUGAACGAUUUGAAGUCCUCUAAAAACAUGUAUCAGACUUUAUUAAUUAGCUGGAACUCGUAAUUAGCUAGUUCUUUUAAUUGCCGCUAUAAAGAAUGAUUAUUGUACAUAUAUAUAUAUGACCAUUUAUAACGUGUUCAUGCAAACUUUUUGUAUUCCAA